AUGCGGAGAUUAAUCCGCUUCCAAUCUUCCAAUUUGAAUUCAACUCUGAAUUUUCUUCGCUUUCAGCUUUCAGAGCUACAGAUUCUUCGUUUCUCGACCCUUGUUAGAAAACGCAGAAAUUCCUCUCGUUCAGGUGAAACCCAAAAAAUCCAGUCCCCGGAAACGGCUGAUACUUCAAGCUUCAGGUCGCUCUUCAACGAGAUUACUCAGAUUUUGGGUUCCGAAAGCUAUGUUCAUGAUAAAACGUCUUUUCGUAAUCUGGGGUUGGAAAAAGGUGGCGAGGGGGACUCUUUGAAAGGGGAAGAACAGCUACACUGCGCCCCAGAUGUUUGUAAAAAUGCCGAGCAAGAAACUGAGGGUACCCAGUUGGUUUUCUCGGAAGAAAAUGAUGUUAGCGCGACUGUUCAUGAGGUUUCAUCCGUCAUUCGUGCUGAAAGUGGUUUGGUUUCGAUGGAGGAGAGAUUGGGAAGUUUGGAUGUCAUGUUCAGUUCUGAGGUUGUGGAGAAAGUCCUGAAGAGGAGUUUUAAGUUCCCACAUUUGGCUCUUGGAUUCUUCAAUUGGGUGAAAUCUAGAGAUGGGUUUCAGUGCACAACCAGUAUUUUCAACACAAUGCUUACCAUUUCUGGUGAAGCCAAAGAUUUCAAGCUCAUUGAGAAGUUGGUGGAGGAAAUGGAGAACAACUCCUUGGAGAAGGAUAUCAAGACUUGGACCAUUCUUAUCUCCCUCUAUGGCAAUGCAAAAUUAACAGGAAAAGCCUUAAUGGUUUAUGGUAAGAUGAAGGAAAGUGGAUGUGAACCAGAUGGGGUUGUUUACAAGACUUUAAUCUGUUCUCUCUCUGCUGCUGGGAAGCCUGAACUUGCCAUGGAGUUUUACCAAGAGAUGGCCAAGAAAGGAAUUGGGGUUUUUGACAUGAAAAUGUGUAAGGUUCUGUUGAGUUCUCUUGCUGCAUCAGGGGAUACAGCCUCUGUUCUUGAGAUUGCAAAGGACAUGGUAGCAUUGUUUAAGGUUUCGGAACAUGAUGUUUAUCAUUACAUUCUCAAGAGUUUCUGCAUUUCCAGGAGGGUGAAAGAAGCUCUGGAGUUCAUUCAUGCCCUCAAUAGUAAAGGUAUGAUUCUAGACCCUGAAUAUUUUGAGAUUCUGUUUGCUGGACUCUGUCGCGCUAAUCGGGUGGAGGAUGCUUUGGAACUUGUCGAUAUCAUGAAGAGGAAAAAUGUUGUUGAUGGUAAGGUUUAUGGGAUUAUCAUUAAUUGGUAUUUGAGGCGAAAUGAGGUUUUGAAGGCUCUUGAUCUGUUUCACAAUAUGAAAGAAAUUGGGUAUUUGCCUACUACUUCAACUUAUACCCAACUGAUGCAACAUCUCUUUAGGUUGGCUGAGUAUGAGAAAGGCUUUGAGCUGUAUAAAGAGAUGCUGGAAAAAAGGAUUGAAUUAGAUGCAGUGGCAAUCAUGACCGUGGUUGUCGGCAAUGUGCGCCAAAACCUUAUAUCUGAAGCAUGGAAAGUUUUCAGAACCAUGGAAGACAAGCCUACUUGGAAAUCCUUUUCUGUCUUCAUCAGGGAGCUUUUUAAGGUUUCAAGAACAGAUGAGAUAGUCAAGGUUCUAAAUGAGAUGCAGGCCUCGAAUAUCGCUGUCCCCGAAAGAUUAUUUCAUUCAGUUGUGUCUUACAUGGAGAAAAGGGGAGAUAUUGUUAGUUUAGAGAAAGUAAAGAGACUGAGGAGUAUUGCUGAACACUUUCCGCAAGAAGUUGAGGUAAAUAGAGGUGAUGAUGCACCCAAGAUAAAGGACCUUUGUUUGGAGGUGAACUUUAAGCAUUCGGAACCGAGCCAACCGACGAGUAUUGCAUGUCACGUGGAGACACUUUCAAGAAACUACAGAGAAGAGGAUCUUGAUGAAAUUUACAAGAUCCUGUCAUCUUCAACAGAUGGGAAUCAAAUUAAGAAAGCAUUGGAAAACAGCAGAGUGGUGUUCACCCCAGAACUAGUCCUUGAGAUAUUGCGUAAAUGUAGUAUCGAAGGUUGUGCAGCACUACAUUUUUUUGCUUGGGUAGGAAAGCAACCAGGUUAUAACCAUACUACAGAAACUUACAACAUGGCUAUGAAACUCGCCGGGAUUGGGAAAGAUUUCAAGCACAUGAGAAGUCUUUUCUAUGAAAUGAGAAGAAGAGGUUGCAUCAUAACUCCAGAUACUUGGACAAUCGUGAUUAUGCAAUAUGGUCGAGCGGGUCUUACAGAUAUCGCAUUGAAGUUCUUCGGAGAGAUGAAAGAAAGCAAUAUCAAACCAAAUGCCAAUACCUACAAGUAUUUGAUCAUAACCCUUUGUGGGUCAAAACGGAGGAAGGUAAACGAAGCCAUUGCCCUGUUCCAAGAAAUGAUUCGUUCUGAGUACAUCCCUGAUAAGGAACUGUUAGAAGCUUAUCUUGGUUGUUUAUGCAAACUUGGUAGGCUUUCAGAAGCCAAAGAAUGCAUAGAUUACCUCCGUAACAUCGGUUUCACAACCCCACUCAUCUACUCUAUGCAUAUUCGAGCUCUUUGUCGCGCUGGGAGAUUAGACGAUGCGUUGACAUUACUCGAAGAGGUAGGGGCAGCUGAGAGAUCCAAACUAGAAAACUACAUCUAUGGAAGCCUCAUUCAUGGACUUCUACAAAGGGGAAGAAUGGAGGAGGCAUUGGCAAAGAUGAACUCAAUGAAACAGGUCGGUGUAAAUCCAACCGUGCAUGUAUACACAUCAUUCAUAGUAUAUUCCUUCAAGGAGAAUCAAACAAGAAGAGCUUUGGAAAUAGUUGCAAAAAUGAUGCAGGAGGGCUGUGAACCAACCAUUGCUACUUACUCAGCUGUGAUUCAUGGCUUCAUGAACAUGGGGAAGUUUGGUGAAGGAUGGAAGAUCUUCCAUUAUAUCAAGAAAAAUGGGCCAUUUCCUGAUUUUAGAGCUUAUUCUAUGCUGAUUUCUUGUCUCUGUAAAGAAGGAAGAUCUGAAGAAGCUCUGCAGAUUAUAUCUGAGAUGCUCAGCAGUGGGAUUGCUCCCAGUAGUGUUAACUUUAGGACAGUUUUCUUUGGGCUGAAUAGGGAAGGGAAGAAAAAUUUGACUGGUGAUGUACUUGAACAAAAGUUGGGUUUAAUUAGAAGAAGGAAGUUUCAGAGAUGAUCUAUUUUUCUAACCAUUUGAAAGUGUUCUUUUUGAUGUUUUUGAUAGAUUGCUUAAGAGUAUAUAUUGAGACCAAUGAGGGCUCGAGUGAAGAGAAUUUUACUACUUUAUAYUUAUGCCUUAUGGUUUGGGCUAAUUUUUCAUUUAAUCCAUGUGGUUUCAAGGGUUUGUUGUUUUAGUACAACAAAUGUUGGAGUGAAUAUUUAAAAUUCCGACUUCAAAAG